AUGUUUGAUAAAUGCCAAGUUCAAGUAAUGAAUCUUCGAAAUGAAUCAGUCAAGUGUGAUAGUAAUGAAUAUUUGGAUACUGCACAUCAAGAAUUUCAGCAACGUAGUUUAUCUUUAUCUAUGUCCUUAACACAAAAUCAAAAUAUUACUGAAGCUAAUAUAUCAGAUAAUUCAGAUAAUGAAAAUUCUGAUGAAGAAAGUUUAUAUCAAGAACCUAUAUUGUGA